AUGGCCACACAACACGGCAGCCCGGAAGCGACCAUAUCCGCGACUGAUGAUGCAGCUACUCGGCGCGCAAAAAAGCGAGAGCUUGAUCGACGCGCCCAGCGUGCCGCGCGUGAGAGGAACCGCAACCGCAUUGCAUACCUGGAGGCCACGAUUCAAGCCAUGAGCGAACAGGAAUCCAACAGCAGAAUCGCCAACUUGAUGAAUCAACUAGCCGACAUGACUAGACAGAGAGAUAACUUAGAAAAGGUACUAUCCUCGAUCGAGACAUCCAUCCAAGUCCACCGUGAAGGCAAAAAGGUUGAGAGUUCCACACGCAGCGACCAGGCAUCCCAACCGCUGAAUGUGGCUUCUGACCCUCAAGAUUGGCCGGACGACCAUGCAGCAGCCGACAUACUCGCGAUGAAUGUGAUGGACGAUGUUGUCCUGGACGACUUCACCCCUGACGCAUGUACAGUGACCUGGGGGCUCCCGGUGCCUGAUACAGCCGUUCUUGACUUUGGAACCGCAACAGAAUUCUCUAGAGUCGUCCAGGGUCCGUCUUCCUUAACGCUGCCGGGGAACCCCAAUCUGGAAUCUUUUCCCAAGUCCGCUUCUCCACCCUCAGCUCGUCAUCUUGGCCCGGGCGACGGCGUCAUUGUGCCCGAGCCAGAUUCGGCCUGUGAGUGUUUGGCCUCAAGACAUGAUCCUGGAACUCCCGGUGUGCCCUCGACUACAAGCAUAUGGAGAUAUGCGAACGAAGCUCUUGGUGCUCGAGAGAUGUUGUCUACGAACGUACUCGCCUUGGAGGAUGAAAUGAACGAACACAUCCCGAUACGCGUCAUAUUGGAAGGCUGGGAUGCUGUUGAGCGGUCAGAAAAGCUACCGCCUCUAUGGAAAAAGCUGCGACGGACCGACAGUCUUCAGUUCCGCAACUGCCCGAAUACCGAGAGGCUGGCAAUCCUGAGACUGAUGCACCGCCUCCUCCGGUAUCAAGCCGAAGCCACCGUAGAGCAAUGCGCCAAGCUGCCCGCUUGGUAUCUUAGCAGGCCAUCACAGUCAUUGCCUCACUCUUCCGCAAUAGACUUCUUUGUUUGGCCAGGCGUCCGCGAGCGCUUCGUUUUCUCUCAACACCAAUACUGUUCAAACUUGUUCUGGAAAGUGUUCGCCGACAGCUUCCGAAUAAUGUGGCCAUUUGAGUUCCGCGACUGCUACAGGCGGAAUGUAGAGACUGGUCGAUACUGCAUGUCUCCAGAGUUCGAGCAGAGAAUUCAAAAUAUCAAUUCCUGGACCAUGUCGACAGACUUCUUCAACCACUUUCCGGAAAUGUACUCGGAUAUCCCGGUAUACCAAGAAAUUCCAAAACCUUUAGGGUGGAAAGAGAAUACACUUGAUACGACACGGAAGCGUCGAAGAGUUGAAGACACAGCGACCGACAAUGCACCACGGAGCAGGAGGAGGAGUUCUGGGGUGGGCAUGACGGCCACGUCGACAUUCCACGACUGGUCAUUCGGCGACUUCCCAAGAUCCAAUGCAUCCGAUACACAACAUUGA